CUUUUAAGGGUGACGUUUGGAUUUCCUUAAAAAAGAAAAAAGUACUACUGAGGAUCUGGAGAGGAAAUGCUGCAUCCUUUCUCCUGGAGUGCUCUGUGAGGUCAGCUUGAGACGAGCCAGAACCUCACCUUGCUUGCAGGCGACCAGAAGCCACGGUGCUGCCUGCAGGCAGAAGGCAGGAAUUGAUGCUCUUCUGUCAACAUAGCCGACCUCAGAACAAUCCUUGCUGUGUGACGACUCGAGCAGCGGCUUUGCCUUGCGCAGUGCUUUGCUCCCAGUGUGGUGGGGCUGAGUUCCUCACACUUGCCUGAGUGCCAUGCCUGGGCCUUGAUGCUUCUGGGAACAGCUGUUGAAAAUGGCAGAGAGAGCUGGGAAUGAAGAAGCAGUUCACCUAAGCAGCUUCCAUAGCCACAGAGGGAAAGACCGAAUAAACCGCAGGGAUGAAGGUCUUAUCACGAUAUCAGAUUCCUCGGAUGAAGAAUUACCUUUGCAGGAAACACCAGCAGAGCAGCAGCGUGAGGAUGAUGAUGAUGAUGAUGUGGUCAUCUUGGCAGAGACCUCCAAGCAUCAGCAGCUCGUGCGUCCCAACGUCAUCAGACCUGCUGCUCAGUGGCAGGGUGCAAACGCUGUGGGAGAAGGAGGAUCUAAAAACGCUGUAGGGCCUUUGGGGAGCAUGUGUGUGCAGGAUGAGGUCUCAGCUCUGCUGUGCCAGAAAGACCACGCGGUGCAGAGCAGUGCUGGACCAAGCAAGGAGGAGAGUGUGAACUUUGCCUUGCAGCAGCCUGGACCUCCUGAGCUGAAUGGCCCCAGGUCUGAACUUACGAGUGACCCUGAGCCUGGCCUGAGUUUGUUUCCAGCAAUAAUAAGUCCGCAGCUUGUUAACAGGGAGUUUGUUAGUCUGGGGAAAGCAGACUUUCCACCACCACAAGGGGAAAAGGUGGAAGCCCAGGGCUGGCAAGAGGAGGACUUAAAGCCAGAGCUCUCGCAGAACACUGAUGGAACAGCUGCUGCAGCCACCACAGAGCAGGAGAUCCAGGACAGCAGCCCGCCGGGUCCCCCCUGCCUCCAGCCGCUGGACACGGAGCCGCGCGCUGUGCUCAAUGGCUGUGCUCCACAGCAGGGGCAGCCCGAGGCAGGCUCUGCAUCUCUGAGGGCCUAUGGAGAGGAGGCUCCAGGGCCGGCCUUUCCCAGGCCGGAGCCACAGCAGGAUGGCAUUCCGGGUCCUGCUUCACCACAGCCAGCACAUCCACCAGAGGAGACGAGGGGACAGCAGGCGACAGACAACGAGCGGCCCGGCCCGGCCUUCCCGGCACAGGGCUCGCAUGAACUCGGAUCUAGCAGUGUGCCAGAACAAGGGGCUGCCGGGCAGGAGGACCAGGACUUCACUGCCCUGCUCAUCAGAGAGACAGAAGCGAGAUUUCCAGAUGUGAGGAAGGAAUAUAUUGAAGAGCUAAUCAGCUUCAAGGACUGCUAUGACUUAAACGUACUUUGUAACUUCCUUCUGGAAAACCCAGAUUACCCAAAGAAGGAAGGCAGAAUGGUUUUAAAUCCCACCAGCAGCCUGCUUGCCAGCCAAGAUGAGACAAAGGUGCCUAAAGUGGACUACUUUGACUUCUCCAAGCUUGCCCCGCUCGAUCAGCGGUGCUUUAUUCAGGCAGCCGACCUUCUCAUGGCAGAUUUCAAGAUGCUGAGCAGCCAAGACAUUAAGUGGGCACUACAUGAACUCAAGGGACACUAUGCAAUCACACGAAAGGCCUUUUCAGAUGCCAUAAAAAAAUGGCAGGAGCUGUCUCCGGAAACCAGUGGGAAACGAAAAAGGAGAAAAGAAAUGAAUCAGUAUUCAUAUAUAGAUUUCAAAUUUGAGCAAGGGGAUGUGAAGAUUGAGAAGCGGAUGUUCUUUCUGGAGAAUAAGAGGCGGCACUGGAGGUCCUAUGACAGGCUCUCACUUCUCCCACCCGUGCUACUGGAGCAGGAAUUCUAUGAGCAAAAAGUUAAAGAGAUGGCAGAGCAUGCUGACUUUCUCCUUGCUCUGCAGAUGAAUGAGGAACAGUAUCAGAAGGAUGGUCAGAUGAUAGAGUGCCGCUGCUGUUAUGGGGAGUUUGCUUUUGAAGAGCUAACUCAGUGUGCAGAUGGUCACUUGUUCUGCAAGGAGUGCCUAAUUAAAUAUGCUCAGGAGGCAGUCUUUGGCUCUGGGAAGUCAGAGCUCAGCUGCAUGGAAGGCAGUUGCACGUGUUCGUUCCCCACCAGUGAGCUGGAGAAGGUGCUUCCAGAAACCAUCCUGUGUAAAUACUACGAGCGGAAAGCCGAGGAGGAGGUGGCUGCUGCCUGUGCAGAUGAGCUUGUCAGGUGUCCCUUCUGUAACUUCCCAGCUCUACUGGACAACGAUGUGAAGAGGUUCAGCUGCCCAAAUCCCCGCUGCAGAAAGGUAAUUGAGUGACAUUUGCCACUGGGU